AUGAAGCCAUAUGAUGUGACAACUGACCCAGAUGAUCACAUAGCUUCAUAUAAGCAAUGGAUGUCCGUUGCCUCCAUACCAAGGGAUCUCAGGGAAGCCUGCAUGUGCAAGAGCUUCGGUUCCAGCCUCUUAGGAUCAGCUUUACAGUGGUACACUAAUCUCCCCAACAACACCAUAAGCUCUUUUGCUCAACUGACCGACACCUUUAUCGAGCAAUUUGCCAGCAACAAGAAACUAGAGAAGCUAUCAGCCGAUUUAUAUCGAGUGUACCAUAAAAGGGACGAACCCCUACGAGAGUAUGUUAGCCACUUCAACAAGGAGAAAAUCUCUAUCCCUUCCUGCUUGAUGGAGAGUUGUAAAAAGACCUUACCAAGCUUGGCAAAACUCAAUGGAGGAUGCAUUGGCCUGAGCAGUAAUCCAAAUCAGGUAGGAAAAAGGAUGAAGCCAACCGGAUGCGACAUAAUUGUUAUGAUGAUCGCAACCAAAGACGUAAAGACAUGCGUCCAGAAGCUCACUUUUAUGAACCAUAUUAUCCCACUCAGUCUCGUGGCCCUAACCAUCACAAUAGAAAAAUGUAUGACAGACAACCUGCCUGCCCAAAUAGACACCCAUCCAGCUCCACCUCCACCUCCACCUCCACCUCGUUCAAAGUUCCAGAUUACAUCCUCAACAUUGACCCAGCUAAUGGCAAUUAUGAAAGAUAUAGGGCAGACUGUCAAAUAUCCAACUAAGUUAGACCUAGACGUCGAGAGAGACACCUUCAAAUGGUCUGAGUUCGACCAUGAUCACGGACACAACACUGCUGAUUACAUCGGUUUGAGACUGGAUGUCGUAGCACUGCUAAAAAGUGGGCACCUGAGAGAUAUACCGACUAACAAGGGGAAGUACACCCUGAACCAAAGAAGCAAUAAUGGCGGUCCCCCCUCCCAAAGAUCCAAAACCUAA